GUAAACAGUCAAGAUGGCGGACUCCAUGUGUGCGGUCGCAAGACCAUUAAACUCCCCCAAACACACACAUUUUGACUUCGUACUACGCUCGUAGAAACUCCAGUUAGCGUAUUUCUUUGUGGUGCGAGCUCGCUGGCGCGGUUGGUUCCGGGCGAGAAGUCUUACGAGUCCCCGUCGGCGCUACGCGAAAUUCAACUGGCCGCCGUGGCAACAGCGUGAUCCUCGUCGAAGUCUUCACGAGUGACCCGAGGUGUCUUUGAAGCGGUGACGAUCUCCCGUAUUCAUCGAAGAGGAGGCCUUCUUGCGUUCCCCGAGUCUUAGAGGUACAGCCGCGUCCACAGCCGUCGGCCUACGUCAUGUCUCAGACGACCAAGAUCAAGCACGUCACCAGGGAAGUUCUGGAGGAGUACGUUCUGCCCGCGGAAAACCAACAGAUCGUCCGGGUGCUGAAAGGUAGGGGAAACAACCUGCACGAAGUGGAAGAGUCGUCCGGCAACACAUACCUGGUCAGCAUGCCGGUGAAGUUCAGAAAAAACAUAUGGAUCAAGCGAGGUGACUACGUCAUCGUUGAACCAAUCGAGGAAGGAGACAAGGUGAAGGCUGAGAUACAGCGCAUCCUGUACCGCGACCAGAUAAAGUACAUCAAGGAGGAGGGCCUGUGGCCAAAGGCAUUUGACAGUGACGACGGUAAGGGUGACUGCGGCAACACCAGUCCUAAAGACAGUGACGACGACGACGAUGACCUUUUUGUCAAUACCAACCGCCCCACUGUGGUCUACGAAGAAAGCGAUUCCUCGUCCACUGAAAGUGAAGAUGAAGAAUAGUGCAAAAUAAAGCAUAUUUUUGUAUA